CACCGCUUAUCGCCAAAUUAUCAACUUCUAUCUGUAGUUGUAUAUAUAACCUAUCGAUUUUGGAAUGUGAUAGAAGUCUUGUGUAAUUAUGGGUUUAUUUCGCUCUGUCUGUAGAAAUAAGGAGGUCAGAUUUGUGUAGUAAUUUUAGUUUAUUCCUUAUCUCACAUCGCCUUCACGUGGGAGGCGUUAUCUAAUUUACCGAAAAGAAUAUGAUAAAUGCUUUGGUUUUUUUUUUCAAUUAACCAUAUACUACAAUCUACGGACAGAAAGUGGAAUUACUUUGCUGAAUAAAAGAAACAAACUGUUCUGUGAAUGACACGGUGGGCUCUUAAUCUAUGGAAUUGAAAGAUUUAACAUUAUAUUAUUAAAUGCUUAGUGUCUGGACGUGUUAUUACAACUCAGCUGUGUUAUUACAACUCAGCUGUGUCAGUACGUGAGGACAAAGUAAGGAAUGUGAAAAUCUACUCUACAUCGGAUUGGAAAACGGUACAAUUCUGAAUUUUUAACACUAACAGAUUAAAAUUUUGUCUAAAGGAGUCGUAAAUGAUUAAAUCGGAUAUACUUAAUAUAUAAAAUGAGUACAAAGGAAGGUAAUCUCAAAGAAAGUUACAUAAAGUUAGAGAGGACACACGCGGAAACUGACUUAAAAACUAUAAUAGACUGUCUUGAAUACCAUACAUCUACAAUACCAGACAAAGAGGCGGUUGUUUUUGUUGCUAGUGACUAUUCUCGUGAGGCAGUCACGUGGUCGAGAUUGUUCACAAAAGCGCGCGAAACGGCAAAAGCCUUGAUCAAUCUUGGCGUAAAGAAAGGCGAGGUAAUAGCCGUAAACGUACGGAACUGUCCGGAAUGGUUAUAUAUUGUUAUUGGAGCGAUGAUGGCCGGUGCUAUAGCAGUAAGUAUCUCGUUUACUUACACUGAUGGUAGCGAUCUCAUUGCUAUAAUGGACAAACUUCGUAAUUGUUGUCUGUUAGUACUAGACCCAGGUGUAGCUGGCGCUAAUUGGAAUAUUGUUAAGAAAUUUAUAAAGACACAAACAGGAAAAGGCCGUGUCCGUAGCGACAAAAUGCCAUAUCUUCGUUAUUUGAUUACGCAUAAAGACGAAGACUAUGCUGAAAUGCAGAAUAAUUUACAUCUAGUGGACUUUCUUGAACAAUUGAAUGACGACAUACAGCUUCCAAAAGUUGAAGAAGACGACAUAGCUUUUUUGUUUCAAACAUCCGGCAGUACAGGGGUACCGAAACUAGUAGCUCAUACACAUCGUGCCAUUCGUGUUUGCCAGCAGGUGGCGACAGAAGCGGUUGCAGCGGAUAAAUCAAUAGCUUAUAACGAUCGACCCUUUGCGUGGAUUGGCGGAUUUCCCUUGACCCUUAUAUCAGGCAUUAAACGUGUCACAGUGUCAGGAUUUUGUUCUCCACCUGAAGACCGUGCAGCAUUCGUGAUAAAAGUUGCAAAGCGUGAGAAGUGCAGUUCAGUCUCUGUCCUUCCUCAGAUGGUGCACGAGUUCAUACGCCGGCAGGAUGAACUCACUUUUGAUUGGCAAAUUUCGGCUCUUGCUACUGGAGGUCAGCCGCUGAGCAGGAGCAUUGCAAAAUGUCUCGGAAAAAUAACCCCUGCUAUUGUUUCUGCUUACGGAGCUACCGAAUUUCAAAUUGCAGCCAUAGCGUUUGCAAUAAAAGAAGAACAAUUUGAAGAAAACUGCUGUGGAAACCUGUUUCAAGGACCGGAAAUAGAAAUGAAAGUUGUCGAUGAUAACGGAGAAGUUGUUCCGAUUAAUACAUAUGGGGAGGUUUAUUUUCGUGGUGAUUCUGUUUUCAAAGAAUAUUUCCACGAUGAAGAGAAAACAGCUGCGGUGAAAACGCCAGAAGGUUGGUUCAAAACGAAUGAUAUUGGUAAGCUAAACGAGAAAGGCGUCCUCUAUAUACAAGGUAGAAAAUCUAGUGCAAUUAUCUCUGGUGGUAUGAACGUGAGUCCAGAUAUUCUAGAACGCAUACUUGAGUCGUAUCCAGGUCUUGAAGCAGCAGUCAUUGUCCCUGUCCCUGACGACGUAUAUUAUCAAGUUCUUUGCGCAUGCGUGCGAUUGCAACCAGGAAGUGAUGUAACUGAGCAGCAACUACGCAAGUUUCUUGAAGAAUAUCAUAACGACAAGCCAGGCUUGUUUACAGUAUUGCCAAAAUUUUAUUUGUUUCAAAGCGAGUUUCCAGAAGUUUUUACAGGCAAAGUCUCUCGAAAAGAUUUGACUGAUUUAGCUUCAAGGACAUUCGGAAGAAACACACUGUAGUUAGAUUGACAGAUAAGGGUAGUAAAGGGAACAACUACAUCAGUAGGACAAUCCUCGAUUUAAUAAACAGAAUAAAAACGUAAUGCAUGUCGGAAGUAAAUAGACAUUUAAUUCAAUAAGGGCACCUUUUCUGAAUACAUACAUAGGGCCUACAAUUUAGAAUUCCGAAAGCUUGAUGACGGGGCAAUUACUGAAACGGGUGAUUAUCAUUAGAGAUAGUUAGUUUAAGUCUUUAUGUUUCGACUGAAUGAAAUCACAUUUAUAUUGUGAUUUUGUUUCCGGAAAUUUAGCGGUAGGAAAUACCAUCAUUCCCUGCACGGGCUAGCAUCUUGGUUUAACUUCCGUGCCAGCUAGAUAGAUUUCUGACAUUUACUCAUUCAAACCCUAAUGACCAUUGUACCUCUAUCGACGAGGGGCAAUAUGUAUCCAAGGGUCAACGGUCGUAACCACUUACGACACAAAUUUCUAUUUUAACUAGAAAAUAUGCUGAAAAUGUAUCAGAGAUUACCUCCUUCAUUAUAUCAGUUUAUUUUUAUACAAUUCCGAUUUAUAGCAAGAUUAAAUGAAUGUGAAAUUGCGUCGGAUCAUAUUUUUGAUAUCGAUAUAGUCUCUAUUGCAUAAGCCAUGAUAUAGAAUUAUGUUGUGUACGUUUUGUGUAUUAUACAUUUAAGUCGCAAGAUCCGGUUUCUUAGAUAAAACAGAAAGAUGUACACCUGGGUAGAACCUCCGACUUUCCGUAAACCAGCUGGAUGGCUUCUUAUAAUGAAGGAUUUCUCGCACGAAGUUAGGAUCGAACCCACAUCGGUAAGGCGCAAGUGAUAUGAAAUCAGCGAUUUUAACAGCUAGGACGCGCGGCCCCACAAGCUUAAUAGAUACCCCUCUUCCCUCUUCCCCACCCCACCCCUCCUAUUCCUAUAAUAAAAAAGUGGGUCAUUAUACAGCCGUAUCAAGAUGAUAAGCAAAACUUUUUAUUAAAUUAUUCAAUUUAUUGUCAACAUCUAUGAUUUAAAUUAAUCUACAUGUGACGAAAUUAUACUUAAAUGCAAUAAAGCCUUAUACCGUUAACUGGAAGAAGUAACUGGAUACGCUUGUUAAAUCAAAACAAAUGUUCUUCCGCGCGCAAGCAUUAAGAUUGUUGUUAAAGUAAACAUUUUAAAUGCGUAUAAUUAGUAACCAUUGAAACAUCAGCAGUAGGCCGGCUAUAUCACCUGAUUUGUAAUCCGAUCUAUUGAAUACCACUACACUGGUUAAAGCUGGAUAUUAAAUGGGGAUUUAUGUUAUAAUUAUGGCACCCAGCUACUGGCAAGAUAUAAUUUGUUGUAUGUAUUUUUACUUCACGCAUUUUUGGACAAAUUUCUGUCUCAGCUAGGAUGACCUAGCUGUAUAUUUUUAGAAGAUGUGGAAACAGAUUUUAUAAGAUAAGUUUACUGCUUUCAAAAUGUUUUAAUACCUUGUUAGGUAAAUUGCAUAAAAAGGGCACAUAACUAAUACACACUGUGACAGACUGAAUUUGUCAAAAUUGUAUUAAAGUGAAGAGAUCGUGUGAUAAUUUUUACUGUACUUGAUAUUUAAGACGAUAUAUAAGACUAAAACUCGAUUACAUUUUAGCCAGAAAUAAAAAACAUA